CUUUGAUUAAUACAGAUUAAUUAGAAUAGUUUCGAGCUUGAUAAGCUAUCACAUGUUGUGGAGCGAACAAUUUUCUACAAACAGGUAUACUUGUUCAAUGUUUACCAGCUCGUCUGCACUCUUUUCAACACGCUUUUCAGAUAGCACAAAAAUCGAUUUUGGGGGCUGUUUGCUUGCAUCAUAACCUUGAAUAUAUUCGUGUGCAAUAACUUAGACUAUAUGCUUGCCCAGUAUUGUAUGCGUAAACAACAGCUGGUAAGUAUUCAUCCCAAUUGUUGAAAUUCUCGUCUUAUAACUUUGCUAGUUGCGGUCGAAAUGUUGCAUUGAAUCGUUCGACUUGACCAUUCGUCUGUGGAUGGUACGAUGUUGAUUUAAUGUGGUAAUACUUACCAGCUGUUGUUCACGCAUACAAUACUGGACAACCAGCCUCAAUCGGGCAUUCACCAUUCCAGUUGAUGUUUGGACGAGAACCAACAUUGCCAGUACCCCAAAAACAGCCAGCGCUCACAUUGGCAGAACCAAAUGACUACUGGUUCAGAAUGAUGCGGGCAUUAACAGUGUAUCAUCAAGCGGCACGACAAAAUAUUAAAAUUCAACAGCAGUUGGCUAAAGCACGAUUUGACAGAAAUUGA